ACCUGCCAGGAGCUGUCAUUAGACAAGGAGACAGUGGAUUUUUUUUUUUUUUGACCCUGAAAAUGAACUUUGAGAGGAUUUUCCUAGUCAAGUGCUUGCUGCUUUUAUUUUCCAGUGUAAAAUGCUCUGUCGUCAACCGGCUUUACAAGGCAGUGAAUGAGACGGUUCUUCUCAACAUCUCUGCUUCUGGGAGCAUAUACCAUGCCGUAUGGCAGAGAGAGGGACAGAGGCUGGUUCAGCUCAAAGAUAAUGAUGUUAAGUACUUUGUGAACAAGGACCAGUGCAGGUGUAAGAUACUCCAAAAUGGGACUCUGCAAAUACGUCAGGUGGUGAAAGGGGACAGUGGAAAUUACACAGUGACUGUUCAUGAGCGGGAUGGAAAAUGGAAGGCAGAAGAAAAGACAAGCUUCUUUGUUCAGGAGCCCGUCCCUCAGCCAAUCCUUAGCACUGAAUGCAUGAAUAAAACUGUAUCUGUCAAGUGUGAAGUGGACCUCAAGGCUAAAGGUGAAGAAUUUACUAUAGAACUGACUCAACCUAAUGGCAGAAAAAUCCAAAAGAGUGCAGCCAUGUUGGAAUUGCAGACACGGCAUUCUGGGACAUUCAGAUGUGCUGUUAAGAACCAAGUCAGUGAAAAAAUGGUUGAAAAAGAAAUUAAGUGCUCAGGCAAGCUGGACCUUUAUCUCAUCUUAAGCAUAGCGGGCGGUGCACUCGUUUUUGUCAUCUUUGUGAUUUGGCUUAUUUGUUGUAUCAGGAGGAGGAAAGCAAAAAGGCGUGAAGGUGAUGAUGAGCAGCGGAUGAUGCAGACCCUGCCGGCGGAGUGCGACAGGGCGGUGCGGGAGCUGCCCCCGACACCCUACGCUCCCACCCCGAAGCAGGUGCGGGUGCAGCAGCGGCCGCUGCCGCAGCCCCAAGGGCAGCAGCAGCCGCAGCCCCCGCGGCCCCGGCCCCGCACUCAGCCCCGGACUCCGAACCACCCGAAAGAAAGACCUUAAACGUGCAUCCCGGGAGGAGGGAUGGUCGCCUCUCUGCUCCGCCGUUCACCGGGGAAAAGAAGUUUCCAAAAGUCGGGAGCGCCUCCCGCCCAGCCUUGCGUAAUGCUCAGCUAUGAAACAACAGCUUUUGUUGCAGAAAAUUAGUGAGAGAGAGAGAGAGAGCAUCAAAUGGAGAUGAAGAGACCCGGUGGAGGAGAUUCAAGGUGAUGGGCAUUCAUCCCUGUGGCCAUUUUUCUUCAUGUGUCUCCAUGUUAGGGUAUGGAGCAUUGAGCCUUGAAGCCUGUGUCUUUCUGUGGUUCACUUGUUUUUACCACUCUUUGUUAUCUUCGUGCUUUUUGGAUGGUUGAUACCAAGAAGAAGCGAAAGCUCUUCUUGAUAAAAACGGACCCAUGGAUCUUAUGGGGUUUUGUCAUGUAUAUUCCUCCUGCCACUCAUUAGGACAGCUCUCUGGCUUCAGCAUCAAAUACAAAUAUAUGGCCUCCUGGACCAAAAAAUAGUUGUCUGUACUUAAAUGCUUGCCUGAAGUUGAAAGAAUCAGUGUCAUCUAAUGCAGAGAAGAAAACACUGAAAGGACAUAUGAGAGCCUUGAAGCACCUGCGUGGGAAAAACACAAGCUUUUCCCUUUCUCCACUGUGUUUAGAACAAGAAACCAUGGGCUUAAAGUGCAGCAAGGGAGAGUUAGGUCAGGAUAUUUUUUUUCUAGAUGAAACACUGAAAUAGUGUUUCCUCUGGGAGAGGGUCUCCAGCACUGGGGGUUUCAAAGGGUGGAUGAGACAACUGCCUGUGAGGCAUCCUCGUCCUGCUGAGGGCCAGGAGAACAUGCUACAGUGCCCUUCCAAUGACUGUUUCAGCUCAGUUUUCUGUGACUUGUUGGCAAAUAAAACAAACUUUUAUUCUCAGCAUGCCUGUUUAGCUAUCCAGACAAUUUUUUUUUUCUCCUAGAAGAGUUCUGGUACCUGUUGGCUCAUGAAACAAGCAUUAUGAACUGCCAAGCAGUCUGAUCACUGGUGGCAUUGUCUGAAUUCUCAUGGCUUUCUGGCACAGGUCCUCCUGCUCAGGGUGAAGAGACCGUGUUUCUUGAUUUUGCUGAGAAACACCUCACAUACAACAAGGUGAUGACAGAGAGCUGCUGAGAGACCUCCCUCUCAAAAGGGAGAAGUUGAACUGUGGUAGCUGUACCUGCAUCACCCUCUGUGUGCUGGACACUGCUCACUCCUCUGGUCCUUGGGGAUGUUCACAAACCUCCUCUACAGCUGAGGGGCCAAGAGAGGACAGGCCUUUUUCAGAGCAAUGACUGAAUGGAUACACUGGCCCAUCUGGUGUAAGAGGCAGUGCAGGUGAAGGAGGAGAGAGCUGUGAGAGACACAGAGUAUGAGACAUCCAGCUAGUUUGUUGGUGUUAGGCAGAAGAACACAUAAUACCUCUUGCAGGUUUGACUAUCCUACACAUUCCAGUGGAAAUAAACCAGCCAUCCUUUGUUUCUGCUCAGAAAUCUGACUGGUAUACCCUUCUGGUAUAAGGGAAGGGAAGUAACUUGUCAGGAGAAGGAGGUCUCUGCCUCUUCCAGAACUCAGUCACUUCUCUUGAACUCUGACACUGGGCACAGCCCUGGGAGUGUUACUUGCUCUUGCCUUAGCUUCCUGCAGCUUGUUUUAGGGCUUUCACUCAUUAAAGUUGCACCUGGUAAACAUUUCAUGGUUUAUUUUGUAACACACCCUACGCUAUGUCCCUGCAGUGAAUGAAUAAAGAAGAGACU